CAAAAACAAGCCGCUAGAUCAGUCGUGUUAACCUAUAAAUAUAAACAUGUAUAUUGAUAAGAGAUACGGUGUUGUUUUAACAUUCUUUUACGUAUCAGCGCUCGCAGCGCCACCGUCUCAGACUAAAGUGUAUCGAACGGAUUACACUUAUAGCAAGCACACUGAUUCCUUCUACAAACUGCACACAGAGUCUCGUUCCACGGAGAAAGCCAGGGAGAAAUGUGACACAGAAGGUGCCAAACUGAUGGUCCCCCUGCCACAAGAUAUCACGCAGCUUCACGCCAUGUUUAAACGGUAUCCGGACCUCGGGGACUACGUUCUGGUGGAGUCGGAUAGACAAUCGCACGACCCUGCUGGGAGCAGCGGUGAAGUGCCAAUGGUUCCGAUGGAUACGGAACCUGUACUCCAAUUAAUGGAAUGCGAAGUGGUGACUCGCAACGGCGAUAUCGAAUCUACCGGGUGCUGGCGAGAUGCGCCUUUCAUUUGCAAAGUGGAUGCUUCCAGUGCGCCGUACGAUGAGCAAUGCGGUACUUAUGGCAAAGAUUACAUACCCAAGAAGACGGUGGGCAGCUGCUACAAGGUACCUAAAAUCGUGUACUCGUGGAACGAGGCAUAUGCGGAGUGCGAGGCCGAGGGCGCACAUCUGGUGGUACUCAACUCGGAAGCUGAACAUGAGGUGGUGAAGACCAUAAUGAACACUGCGGCUCCGGUGCGGGGCUCCAAGACAACCUACUUCUUCUUCGCCGGCAUCCGGGCCAACCACCCCACGGACGGCACGCCGAGGGUCUUCAAAACUAUCUCGAACCAAACCCUCGAAGAGGCGGGCUACUUCCAGUGGAGCGACAACGAGCCCAACAACUACCAGGACGAGGAGUACUGCGGCUCCUUGUUCAAGAACGACGGCAAAUAUAACGAUCUCAACUGCUCCCACGAGUAUGCCUUUAUAUGCGAGAAAGAGGCGCAGAUACUUUAAACGAACGUGUUCUCCAUAUUCGAA